UACAGCUAUCCCUUCGUUAAGGAUUAUUUUUUUUGGGUUUGUAGGCGCAGUACUAUGCACUGUGCUAGACAUGUUGGAGAUUCUAGAAGACAUCCUUGUGAAAGAAGUUUAUGCUUGGCAAUGCUCUUCAUUAUAUCAGCCAUUGCUAUAAGUUGUGCUGUAGUUUUCCUCCAUAGACACCUCUAUCGCCCUACAGUUGUUUCAAUUGACCGAGACUACAUGAAUUGGGGAAUUCUCCUGCCAUCCUUAACCCUCUGUGAAUAUGAAAAAUUAAAUGAAACAGCCCUUCAGGAAUAUCUUAAAUCACAAUCAGGAGAUACGCAGAAGCUAGAACAUUUUCUACGGCACCUGGUUAAUUUAACGAUCUACAACAUUGACACCCUUCCAAAUUAUCCGGAAAUCAAGCCAAACGACUAUUUAAAGGUAAUGGAUGCCCUCACAAACGUUCACAAUAAUCGCAUAAUGUUUACGGCUAUGAAUAUCUCAAUCCCCUUGGUUCGGGUGGUUACUGAAAUGGGAAUCUGUUGGGCCUUUAACUCCCAACUUUACCCGUUUUCAUCGACGGAAUAUCACAUUUAUGGAAGGAUACCAACACAGCCUGAACUUUUGGAGGCAAUUUAUCCACAUGGGGACAAUUUUCUCCUUCUUCUGGGAAUUAAUGGGAGUUCUUACGACAUUUACUGGCACAAUCCGUACGAUACGCUCUCGCUGGAUAGCGUAAUUCAGAUGGAUCGUGAAUAUCCUGUGUACACAUCCCUGGUUUUUCAAUCCUUUCAACUAUACUGUACUGAAAAAGUUCGACGACUCUUUAUCUAUCAAAGGCAGUGUCGUUUUGAUGAUGAAUCAAACUUGGAUCAUUUCCCCUACAUCUACUCCUACACAAUUUGCAGGACAGAGUGCAAGAUCAAAAGGAUGCUUGAAGUGUGUGGAUGUAUUCCAAUCUUCUAUCGAGCUGCAGAAUCUGAGAGUUAUUGUGGAGUCAAAGGAUUGAAAUGCAUAGUCAAGCAUAGAAUGAAAAUUGAUAAAUUAAGCAGGGAUUGCCAAUGCAUAAGCCGAUGUGAAGGAGUUGUUUACAACCUGGACACAACAAAAGAAAUAUUUUGGAUUGGUAAGAGUACUCUGAAGUGGGAACUGAAGACAUCCAAGUCAAGAUACAGAAGAGAUGUGAUUUAUGGUAUUGAGGAAGUUUUAACGGCUAUAGGAGCAAAUGCAGGACUCUUUCUAGGACUCAGCUCACUGUCCGCUAUUGAAUUUCUUUUCUUCUAUUUCAUUCAUAUUUUUCGCUUUGAUAGAAGUAGAUUGAACGAAUGUUUACCUGAGAUUCCAAGACGCUUGCUGCACGUUUGUCAUAAUUCUGAAUAAUAGGGACAGAUCGGACAGGUAAUGUUAAAAAUUCUUUCACAAUAAAUAUAACAAUU